UCUAGUGCGCGUCGGAAGUCGCUUUCUGUCGGGUCGUCGUCGCGUCGGUCCCAUUAUCGGCAUCAGCUGUGGAUUUCGUCGCCAAGCGUCGCGUAUGUUAGCAAUCGCGCGGUCGUAAAUAUUUUUGUCCGCGGGUGAAUCAUUUGGACUAGCGGCUGGGAAUGGAAGAACAGUUUUAUUGACGGAAGCGAUAAAAUUGUGAGUGGCGUCUAUGCGAAGGAUUACAUUGUUUUGAACUGCUGCACCGAAGUGAACCAGUUCGAGUCCGAAUAGUUCGGAUCACAUUGGGUCUAUCGAUUGGAACGCAGGAGUGUAACUUUUGCGGAAAUUCACCGCUUGAUCACUUCACGCCGCCAUCUGCCCAAACACCGCUCCUCGUAGCAUCAGCAGCAACAGCAGCGACUAUUGGUCCCUUCGAGUAGAAAUAUAACUGAGGAAAGCAGAACUCGUUUUUUUUAUAUUCUGUUUAAAAUUUUACACCCAUGUGAGUGAGUAUUGUGGCAAAACUACGAAACGUGAUGUUCACUGGAAAAACGAUCGGGUGAUUCAGCAAAGUGUGCAACACGAGCGGGAAAACAGCGCGCGGAAAACAGUGGUGAACAUCGUUCUAAAAAUACUCGUGUUCACACUGAAAACUUUGGAAGGGCUUUAGUGCGGGAGGAAAACACUGCAAAAAUAUACCGCCAAGUUAUCCGAUCGGUGCUCAUAUAUGUAGCAGGUUUUAUUUUCACGUGAACUAAACGACAACUGCAGAACUACGGAAGGGUAUUUGUCUUCGUGUUUCCUCUCCCAGGUUAUUUUUUUCCUUUUCUGAAGCAGCAUCCAUCCGUUCAAUGCCCGGCCCGGCGAGCAACUAGUUCCAUGGGGGUAGAUGAAUCGAGGGAAAGUGAGAUUUCUGUGCAACCGAAAGUCAACAGCGCAAGUGGAAUGUGUAAUGUGGACAAAAGAGUUUCCUAAGAAGAUAAAAAGCGGAAGCUUCUUUGGAUGAAAAAAAAAAGGUGUAUAUAACGGAUUCUGAACUGAAUGAGAGGGAUUAAAAUAUGUGUGCCGGUGGAACAUUAAGUGAAAAAGUUUUCCUACGUUUCUGUGUGCAAUAAACAGUACCUCGAAAGGCUCGGUGUUAAUCACUUUUUUACAUUGCUACCACCCCCGAAGCAAAAUCGGCAGAGUUCCUGAAAAGACCACAACCGCUGUGCAUUUUUAAUCACCAGUGUAAACAUCAUAAAUAUAGACAGCGUCUCUUCCCGGUCUCAGACAAAUCCGGCUGGACGCCGGAAGUGCUCAGCCGUUCGGUUCGAAUUGAUGCUCCAUCGUGUUGGUGAAUGACGGAGGAGAAAAGUUACGACGGAAUCAGAACUAUAAAAUAGCCGGCUGUUUUUGGGAUACCAACCCGCACGGGUAGGGGCUUGUGGCAAAAGUUGGACAAUCCAGACGAGAGCGAGGUUCUCCGCCGGAACACAAAUACACCCACCAGGGGAAACUUGUGCCAUCAAGUUAAAGCACUCUCGGAGGAGCAUCUUUGGAACAACUUUGGCGGUGGAAUGCUCUGGAAGUUUGCCCCGGGAAACGUACGCGUAACUUCCACCACCAACAUCAUCGCCCCUUUCCCGGUGGUAUGAAUUAUGAGCAUUUUUCCGUCAUCGAAUCCCGCCAGAUCCCGCUCGCUGUCAAAACAAAGGGCUUCGUCAACAGCGACGUGAGAAGUAUGCAGCAUCCGGAAGGCUCCAGCUGAAGACGCUAAACUACCAAAUUGCCACCGCCGCUGCCGAAUAGGUGGGAGGAAAUUUGCUCAGCUGUGAGUGUGUGUGUGCUCGGCCCCAUUUUCGCAAAACUGCCAAACAAUGAAAGUUUGUUAUAAAUUAUCGCAUUUCCUCAAUCUAUAUUUCAUUUUCGCGACAACACUUCCCGCGAGGUCCUCUGCGGCAUCCGAACAGCAGCAGCAGCUAUCGGAGAAUGUGUCAGCCGUUGAUGCUUCCGAGCCUGGAACGGGCCGAGAGCGAAGAAACUUGACGAUUCCAGUCGCACCAGCAGCGUUGAUAGCGUCCUUAACGGCACAAGAUAAAUCAGGACAUGACUACGGGGACUAUGGGGACGGGUUGAAACUACUCGCACAUCCCAAAUCGGUUAAUCAUCAUUUUUCUCCGUCGAGUUCGAUUCAUUCGAGCUCUAAAGUUCAAACCGGAGGAGAAUCCGGUGGCACGAGUCGAUCGAAGGUGAACUUCAACAGUCACCCCUUUGACGACGCUAGCGACGGUUUCGAAGUGGAUAAACCUGCCGAAGGUGGCGCUUCUCGAAAAAAGGAACCGAACGGAAAGGAAGAGGAAGACGGAGAUGAGUAUGAUUAUGACGCCAGAGGUGAUAAUUAUGAGGAUGACAAAAUUAUCAACCCAGCAGCGUUGGAUAAUUUUUUCGAUAAGUCGUCCUCCCGAGGUGCCACCGGCGGUGGGAAGACCGAGUCGAAAGCCACCACGGAAUCGGAUUACGAGGAUGGGGAGCAGGACAGUGACGAGCGGGAUGAGAAUGAUGAGGACGUUUAUGGCGAGGGAGGAGACAUUCUGCCAGUGGAUGGGGCGUUUGAAAGUUUCGGGAAAACCGGUGAGGAGAGCGGUGUUAAGGGGGACAGUGCUUUGCCUUAUUUCCUGGUGGAACCUCAGAGUACGCAUGUGAUUAGGAACAAGCCGGCGAUUCUGAAGUGUAAAGCUGCGAAUGCGUUGCAGGUGCACUUCAAGUGCAGCGGCAGCAGCAAGCCUCCCCCCUCGGUGGAGGAAUCCCACGUGGAUCCCCACAGUGGGGUUCACUUUCAGGAAGUGAUAGCGACCAUCUCGCGGGAUUUGGUGUACGAGUAUUUUGGGAAGCCACCCUUCAAGUGCGAAUGCCACGCCUGGUCGCCCCGGGGCAAAACCAUCAGCCAGCCGGCCUCGAUUGUCGUUGCCUACCUGAAGAAGAACUUCAUCCUGCCGUCGACGAAAGUGCGCUCCGAGGCGGGCACUAAGCUGGAAAUCGGUUGUACGGCUCCGAAGGGCUACCCAAAGCCCCAAAUCACGUGGUUGAAAAACAAUUUCUCUCUCACCAGCAGCCCGCUGCUGUCGUUCAACUCCGAGGGAAACAUUGUGCUGAGCAGUGUCAGACUACAGGACAUCGGAAACUACACAUGUGUUGCGGAGAACAUCGCUGGCAAGCGGACCUCGGAACCGAUCGAACUAGUCGUUUACGUUAAUGGCGGCUGGAGCCAGUGGAGUGCCUGGCUGGAGUGUCGUUGCCCGGGGAAACCAGCACAGGGAAGGAAACGGACGAGAACCUGCAGUGACCCGAUUCCACUAUACGGUGGGUUGCCGUGCGUUGGCCCGAACCAGCAGAAAACGGCCGACUGCGUCACGUGUCCCGAAGAUACGCAAAUCAUAACCCCAAAUGGAUUCGAAGAUAACACGUUCGUCCGUCGCUGGUCCUCGUGGUCCGCGUGGAGCACCUGCUCGGCCAAGUGUGUCCAGAUGCGGCGCCGCGUUUGUCGCACCCAAAGUUUGGACUUUUACGACAAAGCCCUCGUCAAGCAUCACCAGCAGCUGGCCGCCCUGAUGGAAGAUCAGGAGGACCAGGACAGUAGCAGCACUACCAGUGCCUUCGGGUGCCACGGGAAAGACGUUCAGACCAUCGUGUGCCGGGCAGGCGACUGCAAAAUCGAUGACACAGCGUCGGAUUGGAUAUUCUAUCUCGGUCUCGGAUUCAUCGUUACGCUGUGUGUCACCUUUUUCGUGUUCCUAAUUCACGUUCGUCACAGGCAGAAGAUACCUUCCUACAGCAUCACUAGAACCUCCCCGGACCAGCACACGUACACACACGAAUUCCAGAAAAAGUUGACCCACAAUUCGAACACGCCCGAUAUCAACAUCCGAGUGAACAAUUACGAGUACUCCAACGGAAGCACGAUGGAGGCUCCGAAGCUUCCCGGCCAAAAUGUCCCCCUGCUGUUGCCCCGAUCGGUGUCUUCAGAGCACCACUAUGAUGAGCCCCAGUUUGCCUCGAGCUAUUCAACGCCAAUCGAUAGUAAAAACCACGAGAACGCUAAUUUAUAUCACCAGCAGAAGUUGCAGCAGAAACAGCAGUUACAGCAACAGCUGCAGCAGCAGUAUCAGCACCAAUUGUACCAACCGAAUCAUCACCCAUCACCAUCCCCGCACGGCAGCCUCCAGGGACAGCAACUCUCUGUAAUGGCUGUGCAGCAGCAACAACAGCAACAGCAGCACCAGCAAACGCUUCAAAGCCAAACAUCACAGAAGGGUGGACAGUAUGUCAGUACGGAAUCACUGGCAACUAAUAGUAAUACUAAUACUUCUAACUCAACGUACGCGGUAGCAACGACGGAAUCACUAGAAACCUCCAGCUCCAACGAAGCCAUGCACAAAUCGAACAGCAUGCGUCAGGUCGUUACCUCGGAGGGCGGUUGGCUCGAUUUGGACCAUCUCCAAACAUCGCUGUCCAUACCGGAAGGUGCACUGCCAGAAUCGCUUAAAAUCAACGUUCUCCUAGCGGUUAUGUACGACUCGAAGGAUACGAUUCUGGUCGAGAACCAAAUCACCCACAUAAGCCCUACGGUUGUGUGUGGGCCAGCGAAGAGUAGCUUCUCGAAGCCGUUGAUUCUGAAGGUGCCCCACUGUGCGGAAGAUAUUAGCAGUUGGAAGGUUUCGCUUUUCUACAAGGAGGAAGUCACCAACUGUUGGAAGAAGAUUGCCUCUUCGGAGAACGACGUCCCGAGUCCGCAGGCGUACAUUCAGCUAGACUUGAAAAAUGCCUACAUAAUGACGAGGAAAUUGGGAAAAUACAUUCUGGGCGGAGAAAAUCUGCUUCAGGACGUGAUGGUUAUGAAGCGUCUGAAGAUCUAUAUGUUCGGACCCAGUCGGAAGCCAGAAACAGAUUUCAAUAUUCGAGUGUACAUCCUAGAAGACUAUCCCAGUGCUCUGGAGCAUUGUUCGAUUAUCGAGAGUCGAAUGGGGUAUUUUAUGAUCGGUCAAAGUUCUCCGUUCCACUUUCAGAACAACAAAGAGAACAUGAUUCUUCGAAUAAACUGCUCAGGCGGAUGGGCAUCGAAGGCGGAGACAGCCACCCAAAGAAUCCCGUUUAACCACGUGUGGAAGAACAUGUCAAUUCUGCACUGUGAGUUUAUGCUGCAUAAACUGGUCAACGAGAUUCCCUGCCUAAGGGUGGAGCUUGCCGCCGAGCAGGAAAACGGAACGAGGGUGCUCAUCACCUCGGUGGCCUUCUCGUGAUAGUACAUCCGGAGGGCACUCGAGAAGCUCAUGACAAUUUGAAGGGUGUUCCGGAGAGCGAAGUGGUAUUCAUCGUGUAGCCAUCUCGGUAUAGUGAUAUUAAAACCAAGUAACAGCGAGAAUAUAGUUGACUAUGUAAGAAUGUAACGUAGGAAAAUAUUUAUUGAUACAGGUUAGCAGUUACGAAAUGUAUUAUGGUAUUAGGCAGUAGAUUUGUGCGAACCCAUGUGCGGGACAAAAGCAGACAAAACGAACGAAAUUGUUUAUCGACAGUUGUAUUACUCUUGUUGAAUGAGAAAAAAAACCUACACACAUACACAGGAAAGUAGUUUGUAGAAUCGAAGGCCAAAACAGAGGAGGAAAAAAACAAAAUUAAAUAUGUUCCAUCUUUCGAACGAAUGCAACGUGCGAAACGAAAUUGUAGCUAUUAACUAAGACUGAUUGUAAGGAACAAUAAACGAUAUAUAAAGUGGAUUAUUCCAUUAAA